UUCUAGACGCACUAUCAUCAUAACAUACACAUCAGCUCGAAACCCAUCUUCCACUGGUACGGUUCUCCGACGCCGGGUUCUGCAGCACUUACCGGAGCUCACUUACCGCCGUUUAGCUCACAACCUUUAUCCAUGGCGUCAAUGUUCUUGACUGUGAAGCCCUUUGUAAACAAAAUAGAUUCACGCACUUUCUUGAAUCAGAGAAUACAGAGCACUCGUAGAACUUCCCUUCAAGUCCGCGCUGUAUCCAAGAAAUUGGAACCCGCCAAGGUUGUUCCACAAGGGGAUAGAGUCCUCAUUCGGCUCGAGGAGCUUCCUGAGAAAUCAGCAGGAGGAGUUCUAUUGCCCAAGUCAGCCGUUAAAUUCGAGCGUUAUCUUUUGGGAGAGAUCCUCUCUACAGGUGCUGAUGCUGGGGAAUUGGGGCAAGGAAAGAAGGUUCUUUUCUCAGACAUAAGUGCUUAUGAGGUGGAUUUAGGCACAGAUGCAAAGCAUGUCUUCUGCAAAGCAAGUGAUUUACUGGCUGUUGUUGAGUAAGUGUCAGAAAGCAAUCUGGUUUGUUUCGUGGCUAUCAAUGUAGUUGAAUAUCACAUCUUGCAGCCUCUGAUUCAGUUCUUUUGGUAUC